UGCUUGGUGGUCGUCCUCGUCAACAGUCAAGUUCGAAACAGAAAUGUCAACAAUCAAACACCUGAACUACAAAUGCAAAUGAUUUACCGAGACGUUUGCUCGCUGAGCGCGCCAGGUAGUCGGAACUUCUUCCUCAGUCUCGUGAACAAAGCUUCCACUCUCUCUCAGCUCGCUCAAACCCACGCCCAAAUCAUCAUCAAUGGCCUGCAGUACGACCUCGCAACCGUCACCAAACUCACCCAAAAGCUCUUCGACUUUCGCGCCAUUCGCCAAGCUCGUCAUCUCUUCUUCACCAUGCCAAAUCCUGAUAUUUUCCUCUUCAAUGUCCUCAUUAGAGGGUUCUCCACCAAUGCAUCGCCUUCGUCCUCCAUUUCUUUGUACGCCGAUAUGAGGAGAAACACUCACCUUAGGCCUGACAACUUCACCUAUUCGUUUGCUAUAAUGGCCGCUUCUGGGUUUCCCGAUGAGAAGUAUGGAAUGUUGUUACAUGCUCAGUCGAUUGUUGAUGGGUCGGGCUCCGAAUUGUUUGUUGGGUCCUCCGUUGUUGAUUUGUAUUUUAAGUUUUCACGUGUUGAGUUAGCAAGGAAGGUGUUCGAUAGAAUGCCCGAACGAGAUACUGUUUUGUGGAACACUGUGAUUACUGGGUUAGUGAGGAAUUGUUGUUAUGGUGAUUCGAUUGAGCUUUUUGGGGAUAUGGUUGCAGAAGGGGUGCAAUUGGAUUCAACGACAUUGGCAACUGUGCUUCCUGCCGCAGCAGAGAUGCAGGAGUGAGUAGGGAUGGGGAUUCAGUGUUUAGCUUUGAAACUGGGUUUUCACUUUGAUGCUUAUGUAAUGACGGGUUUGAUUUCAUUAUAUUCCAAAUGUGGGCAGAUCAAUACGGCGAGGUCAUUGUUCAGGCGUAUAAGUCAGCCGGAUUUGAUAGCUUACAAUGCAAUGAUUUCUGGGUUUACUGGCAACCACGAGGCCGAAUCUGCAGUGAAGCUUUUCAAAGAAAUACUUACUUCUAGUGAAAGAGUUGGGUCAAGCACUAUUGUGGGACUAAUUCCAGUGUCUUCUCCUUAUGGUCAUCUACAUCUUACUUGUAGUAUCCAGGGAUUUUGUGUAAAAUCUGCUAUUAUCUCAUCUCCGUCUGUUUCAACCGCCCUUACAACUGUGUACAAUAGACUCAACGAAGUAGAGUUGGCACGCCGACUAUUUGAUGAAUCACCAGAGAAAACUCUUGCUGCUUGGAAUGCUAUGAUAUCGGGCUAUACGCAUAGUGGUUUAACGGACAAGGCAAUUUCUCUUUUUCAGGAAAUGAUGACCGAAUUCACUCCAAAUCCUGUUACAAUCACAACUAUUCUUUCAGCUUGUGCCCAACUAGGAUCAUUAAGUUUCGGAAAAUGGGUCCAUGACUUGGUUAAAAGCAAAAGUCUUGAGCCAAACAUUUAUGUAUCAACUGCUCUAAUUGACAUGUACGCGAAGUGUGGGAACAUUUUGGAGGCUCGGCAAUUAUUUGACUCUAUGAGUGAAAAGAAUAUUGUCACUUGGAAUGCCAUGAUUUCUGGUUAUGGACUCCAUGGAUACGGGCUUGAGGCCAUUAAGCUUUUCCACGAGAUGUUGCAUUUAGGCUUCCAUCCAACUGGUGUCACUUUUCUUUCAGUCUUGUAUGCUUGCAGUCAUGCUGGUUUGGUAAGAGAAGGAGAUGAAAUUUUUCAUACGAUGGUCAAUAAUUAUCGGAUUGAGCCUAUAACUGAGCACUAUGCAUGCAUGGUGGACAUUCUUGGACGAGCAGGAAAAUUAGAAGAGGCUUUAGAGUUUAUAAGGAGAAUGCCAGUUGAGCCAGGUCCUGCUGUGUGGGGCACAUUGCUUGGUGCUUGUAUGAUUCACAAAAACAUGAACAUAGCUGACAUGGCUUCAAAGAAGCUAUUUGCAAUGGACUCAAAAAGUGUAGGGUACUAUGUUUUACUCUCUAAUAUGUACUCUGUUGAGAGGAAAUUUUCAAAGGCUGCUUCAGUACGAGAGGUUGUCAAGGAAAGAAAACUGGCAAAGACUCCAGGGUGUACCCUAAUUGAGGUUAAUGGGACCCCACAUGUCUUCGUAUCUGGUGAUAGGUCCCAUUCUCACGCAACAGCUAUCUAUGCAAUGCUUGAGAAGUUAACUGGAAAGAUGAGAGAGCAUGGAUAUUAUUCAGAGAUUGUCACUUCUUUGCAUGAUGUGGAAGAGGAAGAAAAGGAACUCAUGGUGAAUGUUCACAGUGAGAAGUUAGCCAUUGCUUUUGGUCUUAUUGCCACUGAGCCAAAUACUGAAAUCAGGAUCAUUAAGAAUCUUCGGGUUUGUUUAGAUUGUCAUACUGCAACCAAAUUUAUAUCAAAGAUCACAGAGAGAGUUAUUAUAGUAAGGGAUGCUAACAGAUUCCAUCAUUUUAAAGACGGAGUUUGUUCUUGUGGGGACUACUGGUGAAGCAGAAUAAUUGUUCACCUCUUAAGCUCUGCAGGACGAGAGUGGCAUCUGGAUUCAUAUUCUUGUAUUUCUACAAUAUGGCCUUGAUUUACACAAUUAAAAGAGAAAGAACUAUCUUGAUGCUCGUCCUGACUCCUGAGUUCUGAGUUAUUGAUAUAAAAAUGAAAAAGUUACCAUGUUACGCCUUCUAUCCGGUUAUCAGGGGAUGUAACAAAUAAAUGAAGGCCAACUAAUUCAGCAACUGAUUCCACACUGCUUAACGUCUGGUCCUUUUGUUUUCAACACAAAAGGAUCAAUUCUUACCCAAAGCAAGGAGAAGAUAGAAGCCAAAAGCACUGACCAUAUGAUGACAAGGGUUGGUGUUCGGUUCUGUUUUCCCAUCAGACCUUUAAGGAAUGGGUAAAGGUGGACGAGAACCCAGAAGGAGAAGAAGAGUUUCCCAAGUAAUGCUCCCCAAGAAUGUCCACCACUGUUUAUGGCAUCUGUAAAUCCAGCUACAAUACCAACAAGGUUGAUGAUUAUGAUAGUGGUUGGAGGUAUUAGCAGCGCUGUCCAUCUAAAGGUGUACAAAUCAUGGAAUUCUCCAUCAUCUGGUACUUUUGAUACCACACCAAAGUUAAUAUCAACUUUAGACACACCCUUCAGAAAGUUUCUCACUAUUGCAAAGAGAUGUGUUGAGACGCUGCCUAUUACCCAGAAUUGUUCACUUCUCCACCAUUCCUCAAGACUAACUCCACUCCAUCUCAACUCAAGUAUGCUUGAUGCAAAGAUUGAGAUGAACAGUGCAAUAAAGAGAAGACUUGCAAAGGUGCUUAUCUGGACAAUGAAUAAACUGUGAAUUGUUUAAUUGGUAGACUAAUAAAUGAUAGAGCACAAUGGUGUCAUAUAAUUCAUGUAGCCGACCCCACCUAGUAGGAUAAGGCUUGUUGUUGUUAUUGUUGUUGUUUAAUUGGUAGACUAUGUGAAAAGACUUGUUUAGUAAAGUAGCAAAACUGAAGAAACUUUACAAAAAAACUAGGUUUUGUUUCUAGUUCAUAAUGUAUAGCCUACAGGGAAUGCAUUUUAAAUGAGUUCUCACCAUUAUAGAGAGCUUUACAUCAUGUAAUCCUCUAUGUUCAUUAAAAUGUAAUGGAAAUUCUUAAAGUUUU